AUGGCGACUCUUCAGGACCUCCCGGUCGAGCUUGUGCUCGACAUACACCUGUUCUCCCUCUCGUCAGCCCUCCCCAUCGUCUCCCGCCACUUCCGCAACCUCUUCUCCGCCACCAGCCCGUGGCACCGCGCCCGCUUCCUCCUUCUGCGCCACGAGCGCAAGACGCUCGCGCACGCCAUCAAGUACACCAUUUGUACACUGGACGUUGUUCACGUCCUCGAAAAGAUCGCGCAUAGUCAAGGCAAGAAACUCAAGUGCCCGCAGUUGCCGCGCCGGCUCUUCAAGGGUAUCGGGAGGGGCAAGCAGGAGGAUCAGGUCGAUCUUCCGCUCAUCACCCACCUCCUGGAGACGUAUCGCUCCUCGCCAAACAGCCAAGAUGGCUACCCUCUCGCUCGCGCCGUCCUCGGCCGGCACCUCCCCCUCAUCCGGCUCCUCCUCAGACACGGCGCCGACCCUUCGCUCAAGGGCGGAUGGGCCGUGACGACGGCGAUUGCGAACGGUGACCAGGACCUCGUGCGGAUGCUGCUCGAGCGCGAGGUUGAUCGCGAAGAGGCCGGUAUAGCGGACGACGAGGUGAUUUUCAAGGCGAAGAACGGCUCGGCAAAGAAGCGGCGACGAGGCAGUACCGGUGGAGGAGGGAAGCGUCGGCGAGUGGAAGACCGGUGUCCGGCAACGAAGGAGAUGCUGGAGACGGCGGUCAAGGCGAAGCAGUGGGCGAUUGUAGACUACCUGACCGCCAAGGGCGCACCGCCGAGCCUCAACGUCCUCGCAAUGCUCUAG